GAAAACGCUAAGUAAGUGGGCAGUGCUCUAGAAGAUUAUUUAAAGUGAGUGUUGGGAGUUGAAUAAGGGAUUAAGUUAUUUACGACAAAGUAUAGUGCCAGCUAGUAGCAGAAUGUUGGAUUCAAAUAUACAAUUCGAAAUAAAAUGGUGGUCCAACAAAAUGGGCGUUCCUCAACAUAGAAUAUUCAACAACAGCACGCUAAAAAACAUGGACGACUGCACGAACAAUAACUUUCUUCGUAAUGCCGAACUGACGCUCAACAAUAUAUCGGAGUUUUACGCGGAUUCGAAAAUUUUCAUUACGGGCGCCACUGGUUUCGUCGGGAAAGCUUUGGUGGAAAAACUGCUACGGUCGUGCGAGAAAGUCGACGCCAUAUUUUUGCUGGUGAGGCCGAAAAAGGGAAUCACCGUCGAACUAAGGAUCAAGGAACUAUUUAAAAAUCCGGUCUUCGACAGAAUCAGGGACAAAAACCCGGAGGCCUUCGAAAAAGUCAAGGUUAUACCGGGAGAUGUCGCCCUGCCGAAUUUAGGUCUCUCGGAUGCCGACAAACAGUUCUUGAUCGACAACAUAGACAUCGUUUAUCACUCGGCGGCUACUGUUAAAUUCAACGAGGCCUUGAAAAAUGCCGUGAUCCUGAACACCUUAGGGACGAAGAGAGUUUUGGAUUUGUGCAAGAAGAUGAACAGGUUAAAGUGUUGUGUGCACAUAUCGACAGUAUUUUGCAACAGCGACAAGGAAACCAUAGAGGAAAUGGUUUACCAAUCGACGUACGACGCCUACACUAUCAUGAACCUCGUCGAAAAUUUGCCAGAAGAUGUGAUCGAAAGUAUAUCAAAUCGGCUAGUGGGCAAGCACCCCAACACCUACACGUUCACGAAAGCCUUAGCUGAGCAAAUAGUUCAGGAAUACUCGUCAGAACUUCCAUUGGCGAUCGUCAGGCCUUCCAUAAUUACGUCGGCGUGGAAAGAACCGUACCCCGGAUGGGUGGACAAUGUGAGCGGUAUAACGGGUAUAUUGAUGGAAUGCGGCCGGGGUACGAUAAAAACGAUCAUUUGUGAUGACAGACGUCGCAUGGAGUUAGUACCGGUCGACAUGGUAGUCAAUACUUUGAUCGCUGCAGCGUGGCACACGGUGGCCCACAGAUCGACCACCAUGAGGGUGUACAACUGCACCAGCGGCAAACUGAACCCGAUCCUGUGGCGGGAAUUCGGACGGCACACCCAAAAACACGCCAUCGUAUGGCCGAGCAAAUACGUCACGUGGUAUCCCGGUUUCACCUAUCGCACCAGUCGGACCAUGCACGUGAUCUGCGCAGGGCUGUUUCAUUUCGUGCCGUCCGCCAUAUUGGACUCGUAUCUGUACUGCACCGGCCAAAAGCCCAUGAUGUUCAGACUGAGCAAGAAAUUCUACCAAGCGCUGGAGGCGGGAAGCUUUUUCUCGACCCACGAGUGGGAAUUCAAACUGCACACGAUGCGAAGUCUCGUGGAGGCAGUACGACUCGCCGAAGAUGGAAAAAAAUUCGAAACCGAUCUGAGUGCGGACAACGGUUUCGAUUGGGACAUCUACAUCGGGGAUUUCCUCAGAGGUAUCAGGCGGUUCGUUUUGAAGGACGACGAUGCCAGUUUGGCCGCGGCCAGAGUGAAACUGAAUAGGUUAUACUGGUUCCAACGGAUAUUCCAGAUAAUGAGCGCGUAUCUUGCGUUAAAAAUGGCGAUGUCGUAUUUCUAGAUUUCGGGACCUGUGCGAUUUUGCAAAACUCCCGAUAUUUUUAAUUGAUAUGUACAUAUUGA